UGUCUAUAUACAUGUCCUCUCUCUCUCUCUCUCUCUUCCUCUUGACUCGUCGCUUUUAUAGACCCGCUCAUACGCGAGCUAUAUCGCCAUCAGUCGCGGCAGAGUCACGCGCCCGCUCGCACACACACUAACGCAACUGGCACACACACUUGCCACCACCACCCGCCCGCAAACUUUUGUCAGUCUCCCGAUUCUUCACUACUCCUCCUCCGUCGUCGUCGCGCCGUUUAUUUGAUUUUUAUUGUUAUUACGUCAUCUAUUAGAUAUCCUGACCAAAUUAAAAGUGGGCUGUGUCGAUAUAUUUUGAUUCAAUCAACUCGUCUCAUUUUGAUGACUUCAAAACGGUUCAGUGUCUAGUCUAGUGUGUGUGACCCGGGAGAACCAAUUUCAAGACUUUGUGUUUGGUUUUCAAAUUGUCCCGCGCUUCGGACGAAAGAAAAAUAAAAAGUUUGGUUGUUCUUUGAGUGAGUGAGUGAGUGUGUGUGUGUACACAUUAAGUGUGUGAGUGAGUGUGUAAAGGCCUUUUUGAUUCAGAAAGAAGAUCGGGAUUGGCGAGAGAGCCCACCGAGUGACAUCAUCAUCCAAUUACACAACACACCAUCAUCAGACGAAAACCCAUUGGAAAUCCCUCCCACCUCUUUUGUGUGUGUGUGUGUGUGUGUGUGUGCUGGAAGGAACCGGCCCCUGCCGAAAGAAUAUUACAACAAAAAAAAAGAUUUUUUGAAUUGGAGGACACCUGCAUACCUUUUGGGCUGGAAAACAACAAUUUUUGUUUGUGUUUUAUUUUCCUCUCCGGGCUGAUUGUAUGUCCGUCUCUCCAUGGCCGGUGAUCCGUUGCCGUUGAUGAGCAAUGACGACGUGGUGCCGGCCGGACCGAGCAUCUUUUGCUUUGAAUCGUCGAGGAUCUUCAUCAACGGGAACGGCAGCAGCAGCAGCAGCAGCUCCAGUGGCUCCCAUCUCUCCCAACGGUGGUGCUAGCAACAACAAGGCCGGCACUAAUAAGCGGAGCCAUCACCAUCGACAGCAGCAGCAUCAGCAUCACGUGCGUUACGGGAGCGAGUCAUUCACAUUGGCGGAUCAGACGGCGCCUCUGUCGUCCCGCCACUCGAUCGCCGACAUCCUCGGCUGGAAAAAUCCCUCAAGUGCUGCCACCGCCGUCGACGGCAACAUCUGCAAAAUCGAACAAGGUGAACACAACAACAACAACAAUCAGUUCCAGCAACUCGUGUUAGGUCGUCGUUACGACGAUACCGAAGGCGAAGAAGAAGAAGAAGAGGAGGAACCGGAAGAAGAAGAGGAAGCGGAAGUCAUGGCUUCCGACUGCGUCGACGUGGCCGACUUGACGGUGAACAUUAGUGACGAGCCGCUGGACUUGAGCCUGGACAAGAGCAAGUGCCGCCAACGUGAGCGGGAGCGCGAGGUCAGCGGGGCCACGCCCAUCAAGCGGGCCAAGGGGAUGAUGGCCGUCGACGCCAUGGGGGAGCCGGCCAGUGACGGAGGCACGGACGAGGGCGACCUGGACGGCGUCGGACAGUGGGGAAAUGUCCAGCCGCACCUGCAGAUGGCCGCCAAUUUCUCGACGGUGCUCCAGUACUAUUUGACGGCUGCCCGUCUGUGGCAGACCAGUGAAGUGAUCCGGUGUCAGGAAUCUCAGGCCAGGGCCGGCGGCGAGACGGACAGUGAGGCCAAUGACGACGGACACGGGUCGGACACCAACACGGCGGCGGCAGCGGCGGCUGUCGUGGCGGCGGCCGUGGCAGCCGCCGGCAACGAGUCGGCCGGAGUCAUGUUGCCCGUCCAGCAAGUGCAACAGCCAUCGAACAACAACAACAACAACAACAGCAGCAGCAACAAACGCCGGAAGAAUAAAGAUGGGCAGCAUCAAAAUCACAUGGUCAUGGUCUCGGAUCUGGUCAAUUCCGGAGCGGCCGAUUCCGGCGGCAACGGCCAAUCUCGUCCGCGCAAAACGCGGACAACCUUCACGGGCAAACAACUUUUCGAGCUGGAACGGAUCUUCGAACAGAAGAAAUAUUUAUCGUCCAACGAACGCCAGGAAGUGGCCCGUCUGCUCAACGUCACCGGCUCACAGAUCAAAAUUUGGUUUCAAAAUCGCCGAACCAAAUGGAAGAAACAGGAUCCGAAUACGGCGGCCGAGCUUGCCCAGCUCAAAUCGGCCAGUCGCAGUUCUCAAGGAGGGGGGUCGUCGUCGUCGGCCGCCGUGCCCAAGGGCAAAAACGGAGAAGAUCUCCACCAGUCUGGAUCGACAAACGCCAACGACGACGUCGCCAGCGCCGGCGAUAACGAGGAGAUCAAUAGCGACGACGCCUCAUCUCCACCAGCGCCGCGAUCACCUUCUCCCGUUUGAAUGGAAAAAACAAACGAAAAAAAAAAAUUAUUUAAAAUAAAACAAAACAAGAAAUUAACAUAUAACAUCCCGAAAUGUUUAGAAACAAAUUAUCGUUUUUUUUAGGUUUAAAAAAAAAAAGAAAAAAAUUCCCGCCAAAUUUCAAAAAAUCGCCCCCUUCAAAAAAUGUUCUGUCUCUGUUGUAAUAAUUUAAUUUAAUUUAAAAGAAGAAAAGAAAGAAAGAAAAACAAACCAGAAAUUUUGGCAAUUUUUUCAUUUUUGUUUUUCUUUCAGAUUUGUUUGCAUAAUUUCUCAUUUGUUGGUGUGUAAUAAUACGGGUCUUCUCUUGCGUGUCCGGCGACAUGAACGAGUUUGCUCUGUUGUGGAGUGUACAAAAAGAAAAGUUAAAAGUUAAAAAAAAAAAAAUGGGAGAUCGUAAAAACAAGGAGAGGAAGGAAGGAAGGAAGAAAAAAGGAAAUUAAUUGUCUCCUUUUUGUUUUCUAUUGUUAUUUUCAAAAGAGUAAAUCUGUCCUGUUAGACGUUACUACCCUUAUUACCCCCUGUUGGUUAAAGCGUCUCUCGACUCUGUGUGUGUGUGUGUGUAUGUCAGUGUGUCCAUUACGAAGAGAAACGACGACAGUGACAAGUGCCUUGUGAUAAUAACUGAUGUGUGUGUGUGUGUGUAUGUAACGUCUGUUUGUUUGUUUGUUUGUUAGCUCUCGCCAUUUUGCUGUAGACCCUCCUCCUCCAUUUGGUUGCGUGUCGAGUUUGUCUCCUCUCUCUCUCAAUCUGAAUUAUUUCCUUUUCACACAGACACACGGGGCAAGUUACGCAAGACCAUUCAUCUUGUCCAGGAAAAUAACAGGGAAAUUUAGAAGAAAGAAAAGAAAAAUUUUGUUUUUUUUUCGUCUCUUCGCAAUGCAGAAUUUUCGCCGUUGAUUUUUCUUCUUCUUCUUCCAUUUGUUUUUCUUUCUCUCUCUCUAAAAAAAAAAAGAAAAUUGGUAGAAUAGAAAUGAAAGUGAAUUUUUCAGAAAUUAAUUAUUGUUGUAUAUGUUCGUUUUUUUUUAAUUCUUCCUCCUGCCUCCGUAAUAUUCUGGUAACAACCGGUCACGCAACCUUUUCUCCCGUUUUUUUUUUUUACCGAAUGGGAAAACUGUCAAAAGUGUCACGCCAGAAUCUCCUUCCCUCCCCAGUUGCUCUCCCUCCCGCUGAUCUCUGAAAAACUCCAUUCGUCCUCCCCCCACCACCGCCAUUUCUCCAUUUCGUCCAACUGCAUCUCCGUUGAGUUUUCUUUCGUGAGUUUUAUUAUAGAUACAGCACACAGACACACACAGACAGACACACACACACUGUGAGACACAUCCCGAUGAAGAAGAGGAAGAAGGUGACGCAGGGUGCGCAAGUAAUUAUAGCCUCACCUCGGGAUAUUAUUUUGAUCGAUUCGGCCUCGUAGCUGCCGAGAAACAAGAAGAAAGAAGAAGAAGAAAAAAGUGUGGGAGUAGAUAGAGAAACGGGCGGGCCCCGUGUGGAUCGCUAUUUUAGAACUUUUUUCCGGCUCUGUGUCCUUAUUUUCUUAUUCGUUCAGUUUUUGUCCUCCUCCAGCCCCCCCCAUCAUCCCCACCCCUCGUCGUCGUCGUCGUCGUGGUCGUUGCUAUUUGCUUGUUUGUUACUUCUUCUUUUCGGUGUAGCAGCUUAGCCCGUCUCCGUUUCCAGCAGCGACGUCGCUUCAAGCGUUUCUGGCAAUUUGACUUGACGGGAUGAUGGCAGGAGCAGCUUGGGCAGGGGCAACUUGGCUCGAUUUUCAUCCGCUUCUCUUUCUCCCCCUCCUCCCCCUCGUGCAAGAGAAGAAGCAGUUGACGUGACUGCUCUUUGCCUUUGCUGGCCGCUGCUACUGCUGCUGCUGCUCAUACCGGGCGCUUUCGUUGCUGUCGUUGCUGGUGGGCUCAUCGUCACCAUCCGAGAAGAGGAGAAAUUAUACAGCGAGCAAGGAGGAGGAGGAACAACAUGACUGGGCUGCUGCUGCUGCUGGGCCUCGUCUCUCUGCGGCUGGUUGCCGCUAGAAACAGAGACGGCGUUCUUCUUUAAGAGAUCAAUCCGGCUCAGAAUCUCGCCGUUGUCAGGGCCUUGAAACGAUGCCAAGUGCAGCGACGACGAGUUUCUUCCAUCCGCCUUCUCCUCCUCCUCCUCUCGGUCAACGUCUAUAAAAACCAGAAACGGGAGAGAGAGAAAGAGACGACACACACACACACAAAAAGAAAGUAAAAAAAUAAUCAUAAUAAUAAUCCAAUAACCUUAAUUGAAUCGUUUUCAAAUCGAUAAAUACCUCCACGUUUCUCUGGGCGAAUCAUCUGCUGGGACUGGUUCAUCAUCACAUGCAGGUCUCCCUCAUCAUUGCUCCUCCCCAUUUUGACCUGUUCACAGUUAGGCAAGCAAAAUAAAAAAGAAAUAAAGACAUGUGAAGAAAACACAACACGAAAAGACACACACACAAAUGCAUUUUUAAAAGACAGGGACACAUAUAGCUGAAUUGAUGAUGGUUGAUGUGAAAUCCUGCUGGUAUAUGCAGAUGUUCAUUGCUCUCUCUCUCUCUCUAUCUAUCUAUCUAUCUAUCUAUGUGUGUGUGUGUUUCAUGUGUGCAAGUUUGGAGAUGUUUGAAUAAAAUGCCAAUGCUAUUACCAUA